AUGGCGACCAAUAAUGUUAUCAAUAUUUUCACCGACGAUUCGAAAUCUUCAUGCUUGCUGAAUAAUUGCCUUGGAGAAACGGUAAGUUCAUUUUUAUUUCAAGUGAUAAUUUUCUUUGAAAUUCGAAAUUAUAUCUUUCAGCUUGAAGAUGUUCCCAGUUUUGAAAAUACUUGCCAUUUAUUUGAUUUUGAUGAUAAUGAGGGACGUCAAAAUAGUGCUGGGACUGCUUGUAAUGCAACUAUCAAAUUAUACAAUAAUCAACUGGAUCUAUCAAUUUCAUCUGUUUUGAACAAUAAAAUUUCAAAGAUUAUACCAUUAGCUGAUUGGAAAUUAGUAUUUCAAAAUGCAAAUUGUCAUAUUCUUACUAUCGAAACAGAUGGAAACUUGCCAGUGGAAUUAUUAGAUCAAGUUUUAUGUUGUGAUUCAAUUGGUGAUAUUAAAUAUUAUGGUCCUUAUCUCGAAGAGCACGUUCUUAACAAAUUAUCAAUGGUUGCCUUGAAUCACGUAGAGGCCAAGGUUCAGUGUUGGAAAGCUGGAAUGGCAGGAACAACAAAACUAACCCUUCUCGAUAUAACGGACCACGUUGACGAUCUAUAUGACCUUGUUGAAGUCAUGAAAUUUGUCCCGGAUGUCAAUAUUCGAAUGACUUGUAAUGCAUUUAGAGAUAGUGCUCAUUCUGUAUUUGUAAGUUCUAACAUUCACUUCAUUAUCUAAAUAAUUUAAGAUUUACAGGAUCUCCGAAACAUGCAUUGCAUUCCGGAUUGGCAGUUUAUUAUUGAUCAACUCGAGAAUAAAGACGACGCUGAUUUUCUUUUCAGCGUAUUUGAAAAAAUGAUUUAUGAGUUGUUCGGCGAAGACGUUUACUGUGAAAUGGAUUUCGAUCCAGAAAAUAAUCAUCUUUUCAUGACUGUAUUGUCUGAUUCUUACUAA